AUGGGAAGCUUUGUCUUUAGAUGGCCGCACCCUAAUGCCUCGGACGUUCAUGUUACCGGCACCUUCGAUAACUGGGGAAAGAGCGAGAAACUGAACAAAGUUGGCGACGUCUGGGAGAAAGAUGUUGAGUUGUCCCAGGCGGACAACAAGAUUCUUUACAAGUUCGUCGUGGAUGACAAAUGGGUGAUCGACCCUGAAGCGCCACAAGAGGAUGACGGCCACGGUAACAUUAAUAACGUGCUGUAUCCGGAUCGCAUCAGGCCCAAGCCGGCAGUUGUUCCUGAAGCGUUCACCACGUCCAGCGCGGCGCCAGAAAGCACUACCACGGCAUUGGCUGGUCAGGUGCCUCUGGAACCUCGAAAAGAGGCUACUGAAGUCACAUCUGGUACGGAUGAUUCCACUCUCACCAAAGAGACGACUAAGAGCAGUUUGCCAGGCGCGUUUCCCGAGACUCCACAGCAUGAGGAACCCAAAAACGAAACUGAAACCAUUACCGUCAAUCCUAUUCCGGCGACUAGCGGGACCGGAAAUCCAAUUAGCCUUCCAGCGGGUGAACAGGUUCCUCCUCCAAGCGAAGUCACCUCGAACACCGUCCACUCCACAGUCACCACAUCAAAGGAAGACUAUGAAAAGUCCGGCAGCGCCAGUCUUCCCUUUGUUGCUGGAGUCGCAGGACUGGGCGCAGGGCUGGCGGGCGCAUUAGGAUUCGGCGCAUCGGAGAAGAAGGAAAACCUGAUCCCAGAGUCUUCUCUUCCUAUCGGCCCUGCAGCCGGAGAGACACUUGAUGCUGGACCUACGAUCUCCUCGGCUGGACCCAUCUCUACCACUGCUGAGCUAGCCGGCAAAGUGCCUCUAGAAGAGAGGAAACCCGCUACGGUCGUCGAACCCGAAUCUACCGUUCCCGAGGUUGUGAAAGAGUCGAUCGAGGAGGCACACGCUCCUGCAGAAGCGACCGCUUUCACAGAGGCUGUGCAAGAGAAGGCAGAAGUUGAAAAGGAAUUGUUGAAGAAAAUCCCGACCGCCGAGGAAGCAGGCGAGCCCGCGCCGACAAUUGCUGCCUCUACUUCUGCUACGGCUCCAUCGUCCGGCACACCUGCAGCAACAACCUCUUUGACUGACGGUGCGGAAGACCCUACUCUGGCCAGCGAGCCUGCGGUGCAGCUGAUGGCCCAAAACGAAGCUGAAGAUAAGGGAGUGGCAGCCCCUCCAACGACAGAGGCGACCCCGGAGGCACCAAGUACGACUGAGCCAGCGCCAGCAACUGCCGCCACGCCAGCAUCUCCAGCUGCAGAGAAGAAGGCCGCACCCGCACCAGCGACCCCGUCGAGUGCUAAGUCUACACCAACCAAGAAGGCGGACACCACCCCCACCAGCAGCCCGACCACGAAAGAGAAGAAGAAGAAGCACCGAAUUAGCUCACUGUUCAAGAAGAUCUUCGACUAA